AUGCCAUUCCGGCGCGCCGUUCGGCGGCGAAUCUGGCGCAAGGGCGCGGCGUUCGGCGGCAAAGGGAGAAGAGCUAUGGAGAACAGCCCAGAGCGAAAAAUCCCCGCGUCGAAAGCUGCGUCAACGGCGUUUUCGGAGCCAUUUUCAGUGAAGGUGAGCUCCGUGCUUCUCCCGGAGCUGCUGGACGCGUUGACGGCGGAGGAGGCGUCCCGUUUGCGCAGCAGCAGCGGCAGCCUUGCGCAGCAGCUGGGCGUGCGACGCUUGUGGCGCAACGUGCGGAUCAGGAUGAUAGCGCGGCUGCAGAAGUGCCAGAGCCUUGCAGGACGACCACUGGAGCUACGGCGCUUGGAAAUCAGCAGCGAGAUGCUUCCUGAACUUUCCCUGGACCUAUUCGCAGCGUCUUUGGAGGAGCUGCGUGUGGAGGAUCUCUUGGUCGCGGAGAAGAGCAUAGACUACCGCAAAUUCUGCAACUUGUUGAGUAUGCUUCCAGAGCUUCGAGUUCUGGAGCUUCCGAAGCUCAUUUGUCUCCCAGGCGGGGCCCACGACUUGGCUCAGCACGUUUCGCGGACGCUCCGCCAGCUCCGCAGGCUGCGGCUGCCGCAGACCGUGCUCUUGGAAUGCCGAGCGCUAAACUGGGCUGCUGAGGCCUGUGAAGCACGCGUCAACUGCUGGAAGAUCAUGGCUGCCGAACUUAGCAAGCUGCCUCUGACAGAGCUCGAUCUCACAGGUGCCUUGCGCCCUAUCGCCCCCGAACAGCUGCGCCCCUGGCCACCCCCACGGGUCAAUGCCUCGGUUCGCUUGCCGUCGCUGUGCGGCUUCGCAGUUCCGCUGCAAGGGCCCCCCGUGGAUGGUGACGAGGAGGUGUUGCCAUGUAGCGAGGACUUGCUGGGCAUCUUUCAGGAGUGGAGCUAUGCCAUGAAUCAACAAAAGCUUCAAGCCCGGUGUGGUGCUGCACGAGGAUUGGGACGAAGAAAUCAGGACUGA